AUGGCGAGGAGAACUAGAAGAUCGAACUCGCCUCGGUCUUCCACAGAAAGAUCAUCUGAUGAGGAAGUAGUUGAGGUUACGACAGCUAGUUCUAUGAGUUCAAAGAAACGGCGUAGUCGUCGCUCAUCUCGGUAUUCUACCAAGAAGGAUUCUACAGGUCCUUCACCACUAGAUGAGGAAGCAAGGAACGAAGGUGUGAGAGCUAGCCAAACAAAAUCCAAGAAGCAUCGCAGCUCUCGAUCAUCUCGACAUUUAACAGAAAAUGGGUCAUCUGAUGUAGAAGAAAAUGAGGUUGUGAAAGCUAGUCAUAGAAGUUCCAAAAGAAGAAGCAGUCGUCGGUCGUCUCGAUAUUCUGCAGAACCUGCGUCUGAUGAAGAAGAAAACGAGAGAGCCAUUCAUAGAAUUUCCAAGAUAGCUCACAGUCAUCGGUCGUCACGGGUUUUGGUGAUAAGUCCAUCCGACGAAGAUGACAAUGAUCUGUUGACAACAACAAGUUCGAAAAAGACACGCCGCAGUCGUCGCUCAUCCGUCGAAACUAGACGAGAUAAUUGCCGUUUGAUGAUAGGCGCAGGUAUUUGCACUUUGGGGAUCUUUGUGGCUGUUGUUGCUGUAAUUCUUAUCCUCCAACGCCAGAAUACAACCCCUGAUGAAGGCUUGAUAGCACAAGAAGAACCUCCUACUGCUGCGCCGCAAUACUCCGUACCAUCUACGAAAGAGCCCACGGCUUCUCCGACGAGUGAGCGCACAACCAGCCCUGCACCUUCCACGACGUUUUCGCCGAGUGAUUCUCCAUCAUUUUACCCAAGCGUAAAUCCGAGUGUUUUACCUUCCAUCGUUCCUUCGGCAGCUCCUUCAGUUAACCCAAGCGAGUCUCCGACAAUAACGCCGACUUCAGAACCAAGUCCCGCACCGACCACUACAUUCAGACCAACAUCUUCUCCCACUCCGCCCCUGUACCCUCGGACGAUUGUUCUUCAGUCUCGCCAAUUUCUACAACGAGGAGAAUUUGUCUCCUCGCCAUCGCGCGACUAUCGAGUGGGUCUUUCCACCACUGGUGAAUUUGUCUUGCUGGAUUCUGAUGGCAAUGAAAUAUGGAGACCCGAUGCCAUGGACGCCAUAGGUGCCGAGGAUCUAUAUCUGCAAGCAGAUGGAAACUUGGUAAUGAGGGAUGCGAGCGGGGAUUCCAUGUGGUCCACCAAGACGUCGACCAGUAGCGCGUCACUCUUUGUGCUGGAUGAUGGCGGGAUUAUCGGCUUGAUACAAACCUUUCGUACAUCCACCGAGUCAACCUUUGUUUGGAUGAAGGGUGUUCCCCGGGGUACUUAUAAUGGUCAGCCGGAUGGUAGUGCGAUUUCCUAUCCGAUUCGUGGUGCCUUUUACUACCCUUGGUUUCCAGAAACUUGGACUGUUGGGGGAAAGCGGGCCAAAUUUGCUCCAGACGUUGGUUGGUAUCAUUCUGGUGAUCCGACGGUUGUCCGCAAACACAUUGAACAAUUGGAAUAUGGCAGGAUCGAUUUGGGAGUUGCUGCUUGGUUUGGAAUUGAUACGAACAAUGAUAUCGGAAGGAUUACACAAAUUCUGGAACUAACAGAAGCAUCCAACUCACCCCUGAAAUGGGCAUUAUACUAUGAAAUGUUUGAAAAGGUUCGAACAGUGGAAGAAAUUCGAAGCGACUUGGAAUAUAUCAAGAAGUGGUACUGUUGGCAUCCUUCGUAUGCUCAUAUUGCAGGCAAACCGGUCAUUUUCAUUUAUCAGUCUAGAGGUUGUGAUAUUAUCCAGAACUGGGUCGAAGCCAGUCAAGGCGAAUGGUAUCUUGUUCCUAAAAUCUUCAUUGGAUACGGUGGAUGCGAUGCCCAACUAAAUCCCGGCAAGUACCAUCAGUAUGCACCAGCCCAAGCAGUGGAGCAAUACGAUGGACUCGCCUUUACAAUAUCCCCUGGGUUCUGGAAGGCCGACGAAGAUGAGCCGAGGCUUGCUCGAUUGGAUAAGUCGACCUGGUGUCAAAACGUGCAGAGUAUGGUCGAUAGUAAUGCUCCGUGGCAACUGGUUACGACCUUCAAUGAAGCUGGUGAAGGGACUAUCAUUGAGCCAUCGAGAGCCAAUUGGCCAAGUGCUUCGGGCUAUGGAAUAUAUUUGGAUUGCCUCCACGACGUUUAUUGA